AGGAGAAGCGGGAGGAGUGGCAGGACCCAAGGCAGAGGUAACCAGAGCUGGCUAAGUCUGCCCCCAGGGCCUGUCAGGAAAUUUGCAUGGAGAGAACAGGGCUUCUCUGGGGCUUCCCCCUCCCUUCCCACCUGGGAGAGUCAUCCUGGACCUGAGGUCUGACAGCAGGUGGAGGAAGCAGCCGCGUGUGUGGAGCUGUCGCCCUACUCCCAGAGGUGAUGCCCCGUGCCUUUCUGGUCAGGAGUCGGCGUCCACAGCCACCCAACUGGGACCACCUGCCUGACCAGCUCCGGGGAGAUGCCUAUGUCCCAGACUGCAGCAACCUGGGGGGGCCGCCGGCACACCGGACUUCCGGCCUCGGGGACUCUUGGGCAGCGCCCUCCCAGGGCACUCUGACUGCCACCGCUAGUAGCCCCGGGACCCUUGGCUGCCCGCUGUGCCCCAAGGCCUUCCCAUUGCAGCGCAUGCUAACCCGGCACCUCAAGUGCCACAGCCCUGCUCGCCGCCACGUAUGCCACUGCUGUGGCAAGGGCUUCCAUGAUGCCUUCGACCUCAAGCGCCACAUGAGGACACACACAGGGAUCCGGCCAUUCCGCUGCGGAGCUUGUGGAAAAGCAUUUACGCAGCGGUGCUCACUUGAAGCACACCUCGCCAAGGUGCACGGGCAGCCGGCCAGCUACGCUUACCGCGAGCGCCGUGAAAAGCUGCACGUGUGCGAGGACUGCGGCUUCACCAGCUCGCAGCCCGACGCUUUCGCGCGGCACCGCGCUCUCCACCGUGCUGCCUAGACUGUGUACCCGGCGUCCAACCCAUGA